AUGUCAGAAGGAGCAGACAAAAUGUCAGAGGAAAAGCAGAGCUCAUGUUCUGGCUUUGAAGGCAACGUUGUCGCGAAAGGAUACACUAUGAACACUAUUGGUCGUGGUCUUGUCAUUGCUACUAAUGUGUUUAUGUCAACAUCUCUACUCUAUUUGGCUUCAGAAGAAGUUGGAUGCAUAGAUGGAGAAGGAAAUUCGAUUGAUUGUGAUAAUAAAGUGUAUGGAUUUCGGCCUUCAUCCUUGCUGACCAACAUUGCCGUCAUUACUGGAUUGCUUGCAGCCUUCCUGAAUCCAAUUGUUGGAGCUAUUAUCGAUUUCACUGAUCAUCGUCACGCUUUAGGCUGUGCGGCCUCCGUUGCAAUGAUUCUGAUUCAGGCCAUUCAAUCAUAUACUGUCAGCUCGACAUGGUUUCCCAUGGCAAUUCUGCAAGCAGCAGUCGUCUUUAUUUUUGAAGUGUUCUUGAUGACAGCCUAUGCUUAUUUGCCGGAGCUCGCGCAAGAGGUUGGAGAAGAGAAGAUGAAAAAUUUCUCGCCAAAGUUCAUUAUGUCCCAGUUCUUCUUCCAGUCCAUGCACCUUGUGAUCGUGCUGGCAAUCAGCAUUGCACUAAACACAAGUACUGUAGUAACAGCGCAAAUAUCCCAGGGAUUGGUCUCUGUUUUCUUGAGUGUCUUUCUGGGCCUGGCUUGGUUCAAGUACCUACCCAAGGCAAAGGCCAAGAGACCAUUACCAGAGGGAAAAUCAUUGUACACCGCUGGAUUCUCACAACUUUUUCAUACUAUCAGAUUGAUUAACCAGGAAUACAAGAACAGCUUACGUCCUUAUCUGCUGGCCGUGACUUUUGCCGAGGCGGGGGUCAAUGCUUUUAUUGUUUGUGCUGUGACUUACAUGAACGAAGUCAUCAAGAUGAACAGCACAGAAACUGGUGUUGCGUUUCUGAUUGUCUUAGUUUCUAUCAUUCCGGGUGCCAAGUUUUCUGAAUUUGUUACGACCAAGAUGAGCAUGAAGAAUUCGUGGAGAAUUAAUCUUUUCUACUACUCUAUUGCAACUGGAAUCGGCGCAUGGUUGAUGAAGGAUGAAAGCAGCAAGAUUAUCACAUACAUCAUGUCGAUGUUUUGGGGUCUCGGUUUGGGUUGGUACUACUCCGUCCAGACUGCUUCCUUUUCGGUGCUUAUGCCACAAGAGCAAGCUACUGAAUUGUCUGGUCUAUUCAGCUUUUGCGGCAUUGUCCUAUCUUGGCUGCCACCAUUAGUCUUCACCAUUAUGAACGAAAGCGGGAUCCACAUGCGAUAUGGCGUGUUGCAUUUGGUGGCAUACUUAUUGAUUGCGAUCCUUUUUCUAUCGGCAAUGCCCGAUUGGGAUGAGGUCUUGACGGAAUCGCACCUCAAGAGUAUCGACACAACUGCCGAGAACAAACGUGAAGAAUCAUCAUCUCAUCAGGAAGAAAUUGGGAAAUGUUAG